UUUUUUGUUGCAUACACAGGAUACAUGGGUGCUCUGUCUAGAAGAAUGCUACAGAUUCCAUUAGUAUUUUUUGUAUAUGAAUAGGAUUAGAAGUAGUUAGACCCAAUCUUCUAGAAUGUUCUCUCUCCUGAUGAUGAUGCUUUAGUAUUAACCACAUGCAAAGAAAGUAGUGCUGCUUAUCUUAAUAUGUGUGUAGUUUUGAAUAUUAGAAAAAAAUAUUCAGCAUCUCAUAUAAUUCAUGGCAUUUCACUAAAAGCAGUGAAUCUGCCAUUUUAGUGUCUCAGUCUCUUGACCGACAUGAAUUAUAAUGAGUUGGCAUUAAUCAAACUAUUGUUUUAAAAGAAUACUUUACAAAAAGAAAUUACAAUAGACAGAAGUUCUAGAGGACCACUCAGACCCCAGUUAUGCUCUCACCAGAAUUCGACUCGAUAACCUGCCUCACCAUUCAAGGAUCUAAGAAGACACAGUUCAGAUGCAGGAGAGAAUGAUGUCACUCAACAGCUCUGUAAGAGGUUCAGGGGAGGAGCCAGACCCGGCUCGAGAGGAGAGGUCAGGCCGUGUGCGCGAGGUUGGAAGUCAGGCCGUCUGGUCGUUGUCGUCAUGCAAGCCAGGGUUUGGAGUGGAACAGCUGCGGGAUGACUGUCUCGACACUUACUGGCAAUCAGAUGGUCCGCAGCCACACCUAGUCAAUAUACAAUUCCGCCGCAAGACCACCAUACAGGAUGUGUGGAUAUAUGCAGAUUACAAAGCAGACGAGAGUUACACUCCCAGCAGAAUAUCAAUCCGCUGUGGGACACAUUUCAACGACCUCCAGGAGAUCGAGGUGGUGGACCUACAUGAACCAACUGGCUGGCUACUCAUCCCUCUAAAGGACAUUCAUGACCGUCCUGUACGCACAUACAUGGUCCAGAUUGCCGUUCUCUCCAACCACCAGAAUGGGCGUGACACACACAUGAGACAGAUUAAGAUCCACUCUCCUGUGGAGGAUCGGGCAGUUGCUGUGGACAGUGUAGGGGCCUUCACAUCACCUGCCUUCAAACAGUAUAGUUGUAUCAGAUGAUGUUCUGGAUCUAAUGGCUUUUACAGAAGUUGAAAAUUUGGAUGAGUAAUACUAUUUGUGUGUGUGUAUGGAAAAUAUACUUUAUUCUGUUUUU